GCCUUACAACGUCUUUGGAACCUUCAAGAAUCGUCCUCAGCCUCUUAGCCCACCCAUCUCCCCAAACCUCACAAACCCAAUCCCAAUCCAUCCACUAUGUCCGGAACCUCCAACGUCGGCGGCCCAGGUGUAUAUGAGGCAGGAGACCAAAGGAACUACAAAGACUCGGAGCUCGACACAGUAUCUCGCUUUCACGAAGGCAAACCUAAUAGCCAUCUGGCCAACGACUCCAAAGACGAGCGUACUAUUGCCAACAAGCUCGCGCGGGAAGAACAGCGUGCUCGAGAGCCGGAACAGAAAGAUAUCGAACAAGAGCGUUAUGAGCGGGAUGCAACGUUGCCGGCAAGAGCACAUGGAAAUGAGCCGAGUAAGGGUGCGAAAAUUGAUCAGGAGUUGAGGGAGGAGGAGGAGGAUUAUUUGGCUAGGAAGGGGAAGAAAUAGAUACUCGGGAACUUAUGGGAGCAUACAUAUAGGGAGAAGCGGGGCAUCUUGGGGUUCGGAAGAGUUGGGAUGUGUGACAUUACAUAAUGUACUAUGCGCAUGGUAUUGC